AUGCCUGUGCUCAUAAAGGUGCAAAGAUUUUGGAGUGAACAUCAUGAGACAUUGCAAGUUCUACUCACGGGAUCACUCGUCACAAUUCUGGCAUAUACGGGGAAAACUCUCGGCGCGACGUUGACAAGGAAUCGCGAAGCUGAGACGAACGUCGUUCAUCCGUUUGAGAUCGAUAUGAUGACUUUCAUGUCCAUCUCCUCCUCCCUAAACUAUAUCAUUUUUGUGAUAUAUUCUCUCUCCAUUCCCACAAACCUCUUUGCCAUCUACAGCUCGGUCACCAAUAACACUUUGAGCUUGUCGAUCAGAGCGAUCGCUACAAGCGAGAGUGUGACUCGUUUAGCUUACACGAUCACAAUCGCCUUUCUCAUUUACUGUAAUCUUUGGCCGUUGAGUGGAUCCACUAUUAUCAUCGCUUUCAUGAUCACCUUGGACUUUUUUACUUGGAGAAAAUUGAAAAAUCAUCAAAAGAAAGACAAGUUGACCCAAGCAGAGAAGAGAUUGAUGAAACAGAUGAUCUGCAGCUCGGUGAUCUACGCGAUUAACUAUUUGGGGCUAAUUGUGUUGCACACGAUAUUCGCUCCUUUCCUCGGUAGAUUCCUGCUUUCACUAGCAUUACAAAUCGUCAACGUCGUUCGCGGCGGACUCUACACUUUAGGGCAGAGCCUUGUGACCGGGCUCUUUUUGAGAAGAACAAAGCCGAACUCCGUCACUGACAUCGCAAAACCGCCGACAACGACCGAUUCUAUCUCUUUCUACCUUCCCUCUCCAGUCAGGGUCCGCCCAACAACGCGCUCCUCAGUCAUAACA